UCUGUGUAAGCCUCUCUUAACUUCUCAUAUCUGUCUUUCUCGUUUUCCAUUUCUGGAAAACAAUCGGAAAAGCCCUAAUCAUUUCCUCGCAUUUUCCCAUUCUUUCUCGUCUCCAAAGCCGUAACUUUCCCGAGAAACAAUCACCGACAAUUUCAUUACUUUUUUGUCUUCCAGCAUGGGUACUGGGAGGAAGACAGAGACAUUCACUUUGAGUGAAAAAAAGCAACAGAGGUUAACCAUUAAUUGUAGCUUAACUGCCAGGAAUCUCAGGAAGAGUGAUCUUGCGGGUGUUAUCUUUGGAUGCAAACAUAGUACACAUGCAGAAUGUUUUUCUAAGAAAUUGUUUGGAUUACCUGCUCCACAUUAUUCGUAUGUAAAGAACAUUGAACCUGGUUUGCCACUAUUCUUGUUCAACUAUAGUGACAGGAAGCUCCAUGGUAUCUUUGAGGCUGCUAGCACAGGACAAUUGGCUAUCAACUCUUCUGCUUGGACUGCAGGUGAUUCAGAGAAAACCCCAUAUGCUGCACAGGUUAAAAUUCGAAUACGCAUGCAGUGCCAUCCCUUGCUGGAAGAUCAGUUCCGGCCAAUAAUUGCAGAUAACUAUUAUGAACCAAAGCUUUUUUGGUUUGAACUAGAUCAGGCCCAAACAAACAAGUUGAUAUCUAUGUUUUUGUCUUCACCUAUAACUAGUGCUUCCCUCUCAAAGAAAACUGAGAAGAUGAGUGCUCAAUUCAAAGCAUUAAGGCCCCCAAAUGCAAAACGAGAAUGUGGUGCUGGAGAGACAUCUGCUUUAAAACUGGGGGUUUCUAAUAUGAAUCUGGAUAGCAUGAGCAGUUCCACUUUGGAUCCUAGCAUUGGGCGUUCUUAUUCUUCCACGGUGAGAAAUAUGAAUACUUAUGAUGCUCCUGCAACUCAGUCUAAUGUAGGAUGGUUCACUUGGAAAGAUCAUAGUUCAAGAGAAGAAAGAGAACUGUAUGCAUGCUCAAUUAACGAUGAAGUCGCAUCAAAUCAUAAGCAGGAUGGUGUUUAUCCAAAUAUAAACUGUGAUAGCUCCUACUCUUGUGUUCUUAGAUGCCCACAGAAAAAGUGGAGUGCUUUAUUCAAAGAAGAAACUUGUUCUGGUGUGACAAAGGAAGUCGAAGAAUUCAAUCUGCCUGCUUCAGAUUCACUAGAUCUCUUUGAUGGAGAACGGAAGUCUCCUUGUCUACCUCAUUAUUUGGAUGAAACCAGUGAGGUUGCAAAAGCUCCAAUAGAUCUUGAGGAGUCUGGAAAAUAUGGCGAAGUUGCAAGUUCGAAACCAAAUUUUGAAGUCUUUCAUUCUUCUCUUGUGACUGAACCAAGUACCUCUUGUCUUCAAAACUGUGAAACUUUACCCAUUGCUGGGGAAAUACAAGAAAGUGAAUAUUUUCAGUUAGCAGCUCCGGAGGCAAAGCUUCCUUUUUCAGACAAUUUCCAUAAUGAAUGGAGCUCUUCAUGCACAUUACUUGGUUUGAAAGAAGAAAAACAUAAUUUGAAGGUUCCUAAAGAGGAGAAUGCACCGGAAUUACCUGGCGAAGAUAAGCUCUUUAAAUCAGAUUAUAGUUUUUCCUUGUUUUCAUUUGUGUCUAGUGAGAUAAUGCCAACACAUAAUCAGUUGAAAGACACUGAAGUUCAGUCAACUAAUCUCUCUUUUCCAGAAGCAGCUUUGACCUCCAGAAUAAACUCUUCUAGUAUUGAUUCUACAGUAGCCAAGUUGCUAUUUGAAGUCGAGCAAAUGAGGUUGUCUCAGUUCAAACAAGCCCAGAAGAUCAAUUCUUUAGAGCAAAAUCUGGUUGAAUCAAGAUUAGAAAUCCAACAACUCAAAGACCAGUGCAGGAUGUUGGAAACUGGGUUUGUGGCAAGGUGUGUUGAGGCAGAUGAUUUAGAAGGAGAGGAGUAUCAGUCAGUGGAUGACCAACCUUAUCCGGCUUGUGAUGGAUCAAUAUGUCUGGUGGGAGGAUUUGAUGGUUGUUCAUGGUUGUCUGCUUUGGACAUCUAUUCUUCUUCACAAGACCUGAUGAGAACCUGGACUUCAAUGAGCUUUGUUCGCUCAUAUGCUUCGGCAGCAAAAUUUAAUGACGAAGUUUAUGUUUUAGGUGGUGUAGAUGGUAAUUUAUGGUAUGACACAGUUGAAUCAUACAACCCAGUAAGCAAUCAGUGGACUAGUCAUCCCCCAUUAAAACAAAUGAAAGGAAGUUUUUCUGUACUUUCUUUAAAAGAUAGCAUGUUUGUUUUUGGAGGUGGAAACGGAGUUGAAUGUUUCUCAGAGGUAGAAAUGUUUGAUCCAAACAUUGGAAGGUGGAUUCCUAUUCAAUCACUACUACAUAAGAGAUUUGCUCCAGCUGCAGCGGAAGUCAAUGGGAUACUUUAUGUUGCUGGAGGAUAUAAUGGAAAAGAUUAUUUGAAAUCAAUUGAGAGAUUGGAUCCUCGAGAACAUUCAUGGGAAAAACUUGAGGGCAUGGCUACAAAGAGAGCGUGUCAUUCAUUGGUUGUGCUGAAUGAAAAAUUAUAUGCUAUAGGUGGCUUUGAUGGAACGAGAAUGGUCUCAACAGUUGAGGUCUUCGACCCUCAUGCUGGUUCAUGGAUGAUGGAGGAGUCCAUGCGCAAUUCAAGGGGAUAUUUUGGCAGUGUUGUGAUUAGAGAUGAAAUACAUGUUAUUGGCGGGCUGCAAGGUGAAGAGGAAGUUCUAGACAAGGUAGAAACUUACAAAGUUGGUCAUGGGUGGCAAGUGAAAAAUUGGAAGGCCAUGGGGAAAAGAUGCUUCUUCUCGGCGGUCCUUUUAUAAGAAGGAAUCGGUAUGCCUGUUUUUGUCCAUACAAUCAUGUUCAUAUGCGCAAGCUUAGUCUGUAAGUGGAUGUUAGUACUAUUACGAUGUGUAGUUUUGCUAAUGUAUAGAGAUCACAAGUAAAGGUGGGAUAAGGUUUAAAGAUCUUAAGCUUGGCUAACAUAGUAAAGGUGGGAUAAGGUUUAGAGAUUAAGUUUGAGCUUGUAGUGUUGUCUUUCUUUUUCUUGUAGACGACAAGCAGAGUAAUGGGCAACUUUAACUGGUAUUAUAAA